AAGCAUUAGCCGUCGCUGCCGCUCUAUCAUCUCCUCCUCAUCCUACAUUCUUUACCUCCCGGGAGCAAAACAGCAGCCAUGGCGGAACAGACAGAGAAGGCUUUUCUAAAGCAACCUAAGGUCUUCCUCAGCUCGAAGAAAUCCGGCAAGGGGAAGCGACCUGGAAAGGGUGGAAACAGAUUCUGGAAAAGCAUUGGCUUAAACUUCAAGACUCCUCGCGAUGCCAUUGAAGGAACUUACAUUGACAAGAAAUGUCCCUUCACUGGAACUGUUUCGAUUAGAGGUCGUAUCUUAGCUGGUACUUGCCACAGUGCCAAGAUGCAAAGGACCAUUAUCGUGCGAAGGAAUUACCUUCACUUUGUCAAGAAGUAUCAGAGGUAUGAGAAGAGGCAUUCUAACAUCCCAGCGCAUGUCUCUCCGUGCUUCCGUGUCAAGGAAGGAGACCAUGUCAUCAUCGGACAAUGCAGGCCAUUGUCCAAGACUGUGAGGUUCAAUGUGUUGAAGGUGAUACCAGCUGGUGCUUCUGCUUUCUCAAAGAAAGCUUUCACUGGAAUGUAAUGGUUGUCUUUUCAUGUUAGUUGUAUGUUUUUGGAUAGAGCUGAACUCGGUUUGUUACCCUUUUUAUUUAUGGAGAAAUUUCACUUUGAGUUUUCAAUAUUUAAUGUUUUAAUGUAUUGAGAUUUUGUUACUUGUUAUAGCAUUUUUAUCCCAGUUUUGAGAUAUUCG